CUGCCGACACUUUACCUGAUCAUCGUAUACCCCAUGGUCGGUCUCAACGGCUACAUAGCCUUCUUCGGCAUGUGGUUCUUCCUUAUGCUCAAUGCGGUGGCGUCCCAGAGUUUCGGACUGUUGGCCGGCGCUUAUUUCCUCAAUCAGUCACAAGGUGUCACCAUGUGUGUUACCGUCAGUCUCUUCUAUAUGAUGAUGGGAGGUUUCUAUGUCGAACAUUUCCCGAUCUGGCUGCGCUGGGGUCGCUUCAUAUCGCCCCCUUACUACACCUUCCAGGCAUUCAACUACCUGGAAUUGCAUGACUCGCCGCCUGUCCAAUGUGCGAAGCAUAACUCGUUGUUUGCGACGUGUGUGGCGAACAACUCCACGGUGAUCACGUCGGAUGAGCUUCUAAGUCACCUGGACAUCAUCGUACCUCUCUACUUCGACUUCGUCUAUCUAUUCUGCUACACGCUGCUCUGCUACGCGCUCGGCUACUUCGUGCUACGAUGUCUACGAAGACCAGACUACCUGGUGCAGAAACAAACGUGACACUGUGCUGCCAUCUAUCGAACUGCAACUAUUUGCUUUCGCAUGUUCUUGUAUUGGAGCAUAACGCGUCAGUAUAUUAUUAUCAGGAGUGAAUACUAACAGAUCUAAUGUUUCUAGAUAAUGUUCCAUUAUUAUUCACGCCUGUUAUUAUCCCGUAAGUGGCAAUGACAAUGUGUGUGUUGCGAACCCCGCAUGCACUAAUACCGCAAUCCGAUAUCAAUAUAUGAAUGGAAGCCAUAGCAACGAAAGAUCGUAAAAUCGAUCAAGUUUUAAUGCGCACGGAUACUGAUACUGAUGCAGGGUGUCACUGUGUUCUACUAAGUUGAUAGAUUGCCGCCGCACGCAGUCUGCAAUAUUAUGCUUCAUAUUUGCAUAUACGAUGUUAGCGCGUCUGUGACACUCUUACUGUACGUGGCGUGGUAUAUCCAGCUCCCUCCCACGAUAAUAAUUCCAUGCCACUACGAUAUUAUGACAUUAAUUAAACAUGCUAUUAAUAAAUCAUAGCUGUUAAUCAAAACGAAUCAAUUCAGAAUAUAUAUAUAUAUAGAAGAAGCGAGUUAUCGUAUUAUAUUACUUUUUAUUUCUGAUUUCUGUUCGUGGAAUCACAAGGAGUCAAUCAUGUGGCUAUAAUUAUAAUAUGGUGAUUUUUAAAGCACAUAAUUUGUAAUAUAUUCUUAUGACAAAUGAAACUUAUAAACGAGUAGUAGAAAUGACGUCAUCUGUGCAUGCAUGUGCUUGCACCAAUUGGAGACUUUGUAUAGAAUAUUUAAUAUUAUAAUAAAACAAACGCUUGUCUGCGUAUUAUGUCA